AUGGUGGCUGUUUUGGCCUCGUGCGGAGUGUCGAGCAAAGUGCUCCCGCAGGACGGGUACCACUUUUACCGCGAGCAAUUGGCGCGCUUCGACGACCCCGAGGAGGCCUUCCGCCGCCGCGGAGCACCCUAUACGUUUGACGGGGCCCGUUUUGUGGAUGCCGUGAGGCGGGUACGCAACGGCGAAAAAGUGUUGGCGCCGCUGUUUGACCACGCUAAAAAGGAUCCGGUUGAAGACGACAUUUGCAUUGAGCCGCUGGCACAGGUUGUUUUUAUCGAGGGCAACUACGUAGGUUUGAAGGACGAGCCGUGGGUGCAAUUGGCGGAGUUGGUGGAUGAGCUCUGGGUGGUCCGCACUGCGCCAGAAACGGUGCGGGAGAGGAUUGUGCGGAGGCACUUGGCUGCGGGCAUAGCGAAGAAUCACGAGGAGGCCGUAGCCAGGGCGGACGGGAGCGACUGGCAGAACGCCUUGUAUGUCAUGGAGAAUACCAGGGAGGCCGAUGCCACUGUGCUGAUGGACAAUUGA